AUUGGCAGGUGUGCAAUUAACUUCUGAUGAUGAAUAAUUACUGAUUUAAUAAAGUUUCAACACAGACUUAGAAAUCAUAUUUCUUGGUUUCAUAGUGCGGUAAGACGUUGCAGUUGCCUGACGGCCCCUCUCUGGGGACCCUUUUGAACCCAUAUGGGGAUAGCCUGGUAACACAAGUGGACGACUUGUAUAUGUAAGGUUUGAAACUGUGGUUAGCAGCUUUUAGAAUUUCCAUUAAAAUUCUUUGUUUUUAACAUACGCUUUUAAUGAUAUUUGGAAUAGGGAAUCUAAUUGAGUUAUACAGAUGUCAUAAUUCGUGUUUUUAUAUUUUGUUUUGCCUGGUAAUGGGUUUUUUUAAGAAUUUAUAUUUCUAAAAUAUUUAAAUCGUCAAACCUCAGUAGAAAAACAAAUGAAGUUCCUGGAAGCCCUAUUUUUAGUUAUCAAUUUUAAAUCGAACACCGUACGGAGGCCUGAUUUAAAACACAGGUGUACCAGUGUUCUUACUGUACUACAUCACACACAGUGAACUCGUCAGCGCAGUGAACUUAUUGGGAGUCAACCCAACGUGAUAUAAUGGAGGCGUGGAUACCUUACCUUCAUUUCUGUGUCAUUGUGCCCAAUAUUUAUAAAGUCGUUGCACAAUGUGGAGGCUCCAUUACGACUAUCGAUGCUUCCGAGACGUAUAAAAUACACACUCUCCAGUACCCAGGUAGUGGGACGUACGGCGAAAACCUCAACUGUUCCUGGAUUCUUCAUUCCAGUACUAACGAGUUACUCCUAUACUUAUCCGUGCAUCAGUUGACCAAUGGGGACGUGUUGUACAUCUACGAUGGUAUGACUGCUGCUGUCUCCCCUCUGUUCUCGACUUCAACCAGUGGAACGUCAGGGCUAUCCAUAACUGUCGUGGCUCCCUCGGGUGCCUCAUACCUCCGGUUUACGUCCAAUAGUGUGGCCGGAACAAGCCAACUCGGCUUUACAGUGCGAUACAUGUCAGCGGUAACAGAUGACAAAGGAGGCUGUGCCUCAACAGUCAAUGUGGAAGCCACAGACACAAUACAGUACCUAACGAGUCCAAACUUCCCGGGCAAGUAUCCUAGACGGAAAUGCCCCCAAAGAGCUAUGCCCUUCUAAUGACUGGAAUUCAGCGUCAGACUACAAUACCACUGGUACAACGGCAGCCAUAACUCUAUCUACAGACGGUAGUGAUCAGUAUCAAGGAUUCGUGAUGUCAUACAUGAGGACAGGAUGCCUCAUCACUACGACAGGAACUACAGAAACUACUACUGACGUCACAACAGAAACAACGGUAACAACAGUUCAGGCCACGUCUACAACUACCACACCAGGGAUCACCACAGUCACAGAAACACAGUCCAGUACCACAGUUACACAAACAACCAUCAAUAUUACGAACAUGAAUUCUGCUGCAACAGAACAAGACGAAUAUCAUAUAGUAGCAAUACUAGUAGUUCCAUUGAAUGUAUGUGGUUCAAUAGUAGUUAUUGUAAUUAAAAAAA